UAAUUUGUGUUAUGCUCAGGGAGAAUAAAAAUAGAUUCUUGAGCGACGAACGGUUACGUCAAAGUCUAAAGAAGUGUGCGAAACCAUCUAAUUAUUAUUUUUCAAGUUCAACCCUGGACCGGUUGAGUUAACGAGAAAUACCGUAGCCGUUCAUUAGUUGUAUCUGUUUAGUGGUAUAUAAUAAAAUGGGUUGAUGAAAACAAUAUCUGUACUGCUCAGUCGUAAUUUAACCGCCGUCAGUAGCGCCUUCGUCAAACAGGUCGACAUCCGUCUGAACUUUCAAUUCAUUCCGACCAUCACAAGUGACCUCUAGUUCAAGUUUUAUUAUAUACAUAAUUUCAAUACUUACAAAUGUGAUCCUAUCAUCUGGCGUGAAUUCAUUCUCCGUUUGUUUAUGUUCUGAUUACACAGCAAAACACAAAUCUCACCGACCUCCACGAAGAACGAUAAAUUGUUUAUUUUUGUCACAUCAUUUUUUUUUUCUCGCGAUCCACAUCACAUGCGCUCAAUCAAGGUAGGCCAGUCAGGCUGUCAGAUGGUAAUUUAUUUGCUAUAAAAAUACAGAGGAUGGCUGUACACAACGAUGAUACCAGUGGGGAUCACACCUUCACUAAUACUACCAGCGAGUACCGUUCAACCACUUCGGAAUCUACGAUUCUCCCGUAUUACGAAUUGCGGCUUCCAUCUCACGUGCUAAAAAAGUCACCUAGUAAGAUUGAGUUCCAUCUAGUUCAGAACCACCAUAGACAUAAGCGACCCUGCGGUUUGCGGAAAAACAUCUACACCCGAUCACGGUGCGCCGGCGAUUGCGCAUCCUCACGUGCGACCAAAGAACCUCCGAACCCGAAAAUUCGCAAAAGUCUCAAACGGGUAUUUUUCAAUUUCAACCGCAAACCCUGCUCCGUUGUUGAUUCCAGUUGCCUAACUACAACAGAGUUACAGGAUGACGAUGACAAUCAGCAGAUUGAAAACAUGGAAAUUUACUACUUCGAUCAUGGAAGCCCGGAGUUCUACCGAACAACCGAUUGUCCACCCCACCUGGUUACGGAAGCUUUAGCCCAAUCGACGUAUCACCACGCAACGAAAUUCUGGGCGGAGAUCUUCGGGACGCUCAACAUCGGAGCGACCUUCGUAAUCAGUUUCUGGCUACAAUUGUACCGUUUUCUGCUGUACGGGCUUGUCCGUCCAGUUCUCGUGGGUAUUCUGCAGAUUACUGCCGAUUACAUGUUCAAGCCGCUUCUAGCAGUGAUUUUCAAUGGAUUGAUUCAACCACCGCUAGUAUUUGUUCAAAAUAUACUCACCGCCUUUGGGGGGAUGCUGGACCCGGUGGCUAAACUUAUUGCCAACUUUUUGUCUCCGAUCGGACGAAUAGUGCAGUCCUUUCGCUUGAUCGAAAGUAAAACAAUCAACAAAAAGAUAAUCAAGAAGCGAAAGUUCGAUGUUUGAAGCAAUCAAGUGCACGUGGAGGGCUUAAA